AUGCCGCCCACUCAACGCACACCUCUGCGCCAUCUCCUCCUGCUCCCACCUCCCCCCUCACCACCGACCUUCGCCGCUCUCAAAGCCGCUUAUAGUUCCUCCCUGACGAUCGUACUCCGAGAGCUGGGCCGACUUCCGCACCGCCGCUCCACUCCCAUUGCUCUCGAUAUCGCUCUGCCAUGCCCUCACUUAUACGCCAAUCCCACAGCUCCACGGAGCACACUAUGGAAGACCACGCAGGAGUUAGUGGCUGGACUAUACAAGCUCAUAUGCAUCAUCUCCGCCAGGGACAGCAUCGACGUUGAGGAUGCAGAGGGCGUAGAUGCAAGGGUCUUGCUAGUAGCUCACCCACGAAACGGAAGGCUCGACCAUGUCUCGGAUGGCACUUCAGAAAGUGAUACUCAAGGUCCUGUUACCAACCUAAACACCCUGGCGCGCAGUGGGAGAGAUUAUCAUAUGGUUUACAGCGUCGAGAGUGAGGGUGGGGAACAAGUGUUAAAGAGCUUCUUAGCGGCUACCAGCAACAAGAUGGAGGUGAGGAGGGUUAGGGGUGGCAUUGUGCAAGUUUCUGAUGGCGAAGAAGAACUGGGUGCGCAGGGAGACUCGUCAGCCCAUAAGAGACACUACGACGUUGCCGUAGGAGGGACGUUCGAUCAUCUGCACAUCGGGCAUAAACUACUGCUCACCAUGACCGCUUUCGCUGUCGAAGCUCCGCAGUCCGCCGCCGCCUCUGAUCCGCCACGACAAAGAACCGUGACCAUUGGGAUUACCGGAGAUGAGCUGCUGAAGAACAAAAAGUAUGCCGAGUACCUCGAGAGCUGGGACGAUCGGCAGAAAGCCGUAUAUAAGUUCCUACUCUCCAUCUUAGACUUCUCAACCCCGGGGUCGUCGAAGAUCAAGAUCGAGGAGAAGAACGAGCCUGGCCCGAACGGUCACGCUAUUGAAAUUAGCCUCACUUGCGGUUUGACGAUCAAGUGUGUCGAGAUUUGGGACCCGUUCGGGCCGACGAUCACGGAUGAGAAUAUUUCAGCGUUGGUCAUCUCUGCUGAGACAAGGAGUGGCGGGAAGGCCGUGAACGAGAAGAGAGCGGAGAAAGGGUGGGCUGAGUUGGAGGUCCUGGAAGUCGAUGUUCUGGAUCCUGUCGAGGGUGAAGAAGCUGGGAAGGUGGAAGAGGACUUCCACAGCAAAAUUUCCAGCACGGAAAUACGUAAAAACUUGAGCGAGAAGAAAGCUAGGAUAUAA